AUGGCAACUAGAUGCUUAUGCUUUGCAACAAUAAUGCUUACUGCUAGCAUCUUAGUGUUAGAAAUUUCUGCUCAACUUGAAUGUGGUGGUAACCUAAUUGGCAUUAAAACGCAAUGUAGCAGUUUCAUUCAAAAGGAAGGAAAAACAAUUCCACCAUCGGAAUCUUGUUGCGCAGCAUUAAAAGGUGCUAAUAUCUCGUGUUAUUGCAAAUACGUGACUCCUGUUGUUGAGAAUAUGGUCAGCAUUGAAAAAGCUUUGUAUGUGGCAAAAACUUGCCAAGCUCAAAAUAUUCCUACGGAUAAGUGUGGAAGUUAUAUUAUUCCUCAUCCUCCUUCAUCUAAGGCUUGA